AUGUCUGCUUACUUUACGCAACGUUUCGCGAGCUCCCAGCAAGCAAUUACCGAUGAUGCAACCGGUGCUGAACCACCACACAACGUUGCUGCGCCCAACAUCCCGUUCUUUACACCUGCGCAAGAUCCUCCCGCCGGAACAGCGCUGGAGUCUCAGCCAGACGGGAAGCCUAUCCCAAAGCUAUUUACUCCGCUCAAGAUCCGAGGCGUUACGAUGCAGAAUCGUAUCUGGGUCAGCCCAAUGUGCCAGUAUAGCGCACAUGAGGGUUUUCACACACCGUGGCACAUCGCCCACUACGGAGGGAUAGCUCAGCGAGGGCCUGGCCUUAUCAUGGUAGAAGCUACAGCAGUUCAAGCCAAUGGUCGUAUCACACCAGAGGACUCGGGUAUUUGGCUCGAUGCCCACAUUGACACUCUGAGAAAGCAUGUCGAGUUUGCUCAUGGUCAGAAUAUCCUCAUUGGAAUUCAGCUAGCCCACGCAGGCCGCAAGGCUUCCACUAUUGCUCCCUGGCUGAGCUCUACGGCCACUGCGACAAAGGAUGUGUAUGGAUGGCCCGAUGAUGUGAUCGGACCUACUACUGAGCCGUUCAGCGAACAUACUCCUACGCCUCGAGCUAUGACUUUGACCGAGAUUCACCAACUGAAGCAGGACUUUGUACUUGCUACACAGCGUGCUAUUCUUGCUGGCUUUGAUAUCAUCGAGUUGCAUUUUGCCCAUGGAUACCUUGUGUCGACUUUUCUCUCGCCUGCUGUUAAUAAACGCACAGAUCAGUACGGUGGCAGCUUCGAGAAUCGCUCUCGAUUAGCUCUUGAGAUUAUCAAGGAUGUACGGGAAAUCAUGCCUGUGGAUAUGCCUUUAUUUGUUCGUAUCAGCGCUACCGACUGGUUGGAAAAUAAUCCAGAGUAUCAGGGUGAAAGCUGGACUAUUGACGAAAGCACGAAGCUCGCAUCUAUUCUAGCUGAGUAUGGGGUAGAUGUUUUGGAUGUGUCGAGUGGCGGAAACCAUGUGAUGCAAAAGCCAAUUGGUGGCCCGGGAUACCAAGCUGUUUUUGCAAAAGCCAUCAAAAAGGCUAUAGGCGACAAACUGCUUAUUAGCUCUGUUGGUAGCAUCAAGACAGGUGAUCUCGCUGAGCAACUAAUUCUUGGAGGCCAAGAUGCAGAUGAUACUCCGCUGGAUCUUAUUGCGGCGGGCCGUAUAUUUCAGAAGAAUCCGGGACUAGUCUGGGCAUGGGCAGACGAUUUGGGAGUAUCUAUUACCGUGGCGCACCAGAUUGCCUGGGGGUUCCGUGGUAGGGCUCAGAAAACUUCUCAAAAUGUCGUUUGA